AUGGAUCCGACACAUCACCGGGUCGCUAACCAUGUAGGUUCUGCUCCAGUUCGACCGCCUGUACGACCUAUUGGAGGGGGUGCAGUUAUCGGCGUAGCCAGACACCUUCGCCUGGAGGUUCACCGCCGAUCAGCGCUACUCUGCCUCAACAAGGUCGCCGGGAAGGUCUUCAGGAUCGGCCAUCUCGGCAACCUCAAGGAGCUGCAACUGCUGGGAUGCCUGAGCGACGUGGAGAUGGUGCUCAAGGACGUGGGGUACCCGAACUUCAGGCAGCUCUUCCUGAUCCCGACGACGGGCACGGGCGCGUGGGAGAGCGCGCUGACCAACACGCUGUCCCCGGGGGACCGCAUCGUCUCCUUCCUCAUCGGGCAGUUCAGCCUGCUGUGGAUCGACCAGCAGCAGCGCCUGGGCUUCGACGUGGACGUGGUGGAGAGCGACUGGGGCCACGGCGCCGACCUCGCCGCGCUGGAGCGGAAGCUCCGCAACGACACCCACCGCACCAUCAAGGCCGUGGCCAUCGUGCACAACGAGACCGCCACGGGCGUCACCAACGACCUGGCCGCCGUGCGCAGGCUGCUGGACGCGUACGCGCACCCGGCGCUGCUGCUGGUGGACGGCGUGUCGUCCAUCUGCGCGCUGGACUUCCGCAUGGACGAGUGGGGCGUGGACGUCGCGCUCACCGGCUCGCAGAAGGCGCUGUCGAUGCCGACCGGGAUGGGCAUCGUGUGCGCUAGCCCCAAGGCGCUGGAGGCCAGCAAGACGGCGAGGUCUGUGCGCGUGUUCUUUGACUGGAAGGACUACCUCAAGUUCUACGAGAUGGGCACGUACUGGCCCUACACGCCCUCCAUCCAGCUCCUCUACGGACUCCGCACCGCGCUCGACCUCAUCUUCGAGGAAGGGCUCGACAAUGUCUUCAAGAGGCACAACCGCCUUGGAACAGCCACGAGGUUCGCCGUGGAGGCGUGGGGGCUCAAGAACUGCUGCCAGAAGGAGGAGUGCUUCAGCGACACCGUCACCGCCGUCGUCGUGCCGCCCUACAUCGACAGCGCGGAGAUCGUCAAGCACGCGUGGAAGCGGUACAACCUCAGCCUCGGCCUCGGCCUCAACAAGGUCGCCGGGAAGGUCUUCAGGAUCGGCCAUCUCGGCAACCUCAACGAGCUGCAACUGCUGGGAUGCCUGAGCGGCGUGGAGAUGGUGCUCAAGGACGUGGGGUACCCGGUGAAGCUCGGCAGCGGCGUGGCGGCCGCGGCGGCGUACCUGUCGAAUUACACGCCUCUCAUCCCGUCCAGGAUCUGA